CUCCCUGUUUUGGAAAUGCAACCAAAAUAGAAUUGGACACUUGUUUACCUAAAAUACAGUCUGCUUCAACAAUUAAAUGACGUGAUGGACCAGAAAAGCGCAUCGGGAAGUCGUUCGAACCGGCUAUCCCAAGGAAAAGACACCCAUGCCCGCGAACGCGCAACACUUGAGGUGGCCGAAAAUCGGCGAAGUAACAUCAUUGACGACAUGGCCAAAAUACACGAAGCCGAUCGCCAGACUAGCGCCGCCACUCGACGGGCUCAAGGUCUCGAGCGGCUUACAGUUGACAACAGUGGCUUCGUCGCCGUGGAGGACCUAAUUUUGGCCUGCGCUGAGCCAACGCCCGAGGAGCAGGUCGAGAUGAUCAUGCUGGACUUCUGCUCGUCUCCGACUUACGCAGAGGAUGAGGAUGAGCCUAGCUGUGAGACGGAGCCGUGGUUUCGAUUUCGCAAGAAAAGGAUCAGAACUUACGGGCGGAAGAGGGAUCCCAAAGGCAACAUGGUCGAGGGCCGAAGUUCCUCGGGUCUCUCCGUGCAGAGGGAUCUCAAUACUUCGUUCACAUCUGUGGCUUGUGACCUAGACGCUGCUUCAUCGCAGAGGAUACACGAGGUCCUGUUAAACCUAAGUCAAUACUUUUCGAUGAGCGCGACAGAUUCCAGUCCGACUCCUUCUGUCCCAUCGCAAAUAGAUCUGCCAACCGAAGCAAGGCGAGAUUUUGAGAAGCCCUCGAAUUCUGAGGAGCACCGAACUAAUCUUUCAGAUACAAAUUUGGAAGAUGAGUGUAUGAACACUGAAGUGAUGAACUUGAGAGAUGACCUGUUGGAGAACGGCUUUACCUUCGAGGCCUCUAUCUAUGACAAUGAGCAGGAAGUUCCAGGACCUCUGGCAGACACUCUUUUUGGAGAUAGCAGGCAAGCGAUCUCAAUUACGCACCUCCAAUUGGAAAGAGGAGAAUGUAAAGUAUGGUCUGAUGCAGACUCGGCACCGAAAAAGGCCGAAAUGAAGUCACAAGCAGAACAUCCUGUAUAUGAGAACACGAACCUAAUAUUGGAAGGCAUCCCAAUAAGCGAAUGGCUAACUCCAAUGGAACUGCCCGAGAAACACAAAGAGGUAAUCAAACAUAUACCCGAAAAAAAGUUAAAGUUGGAGCCAAGUUCUCAGAAAGAGCAUGAGCGUAGCAAUCAUUCAAAUGAAACAAAGUUUAGAGCAGCCCCAAAAAAGGAAAGUGAUAUUGCAAAUGCACUAUUCAACGACGGAGAGCUUCUUAAUGAGUUUCUUUUUAAUGAAUGGAACCCAAUACAGUGUUCUGAUGUCCCAUCAACCUCUAAGGACGCCAUUGAAGUGCCUACGAAAAAGACCGAGCAGCAACCAGAAAAGAAGACACCUAAUAAAAGUCAGCCCUUAGGCAGUCAUCAACUUGUUGGCUUUCGAAAAACGCCCUUCAAAUUUAUUGAGGUUUCGGAAGAAAUGAAAAUUAAGGGCGAACAGUUUGUAGACAAAGUUGUAUCCAGUUUAUAUCGAUCUAGUCAAAAGUGCAACUCGGUCACUGAGAAAUACUCCGCUAAUCAUGGUCAAGUGAUGGAAUCAACAGAGUGUGUGGGAUACAAAACAGCCUUAAGUAAGCCCAUCGAUGUAUUGGAUGGUAGUAACAAGGAAGCUGGCCAUGUUAUAGCAAAGUUUGAGGUUGGAGAAAUAAUUGCCAAAUGCAGUCCUCUGAACAAGGAGUCCAUAACAGAGUCCGAGUUUUCUGGCUUCCGUACAGCCUCAAAUAAAGCAAUUCUGAUUUCUGAAAAGAUGAAAAUGAAAACUGCAGAGUUUAUGGCUGAAUUUCAGUCCGCAGAAUCAAAUCAGCAAAAUGGUUAUGAAGUCAAUCAGCCAAAUGGCAUAUCGACGUUUGUUGGCCCUAGCACUGCCUUAAAUAAAACAAUUGAGACUUCAGACGAAAUGCAAUCGAAGGCUACCAAGUUGGUCGUUGAUGUUAAAAUGGGAGAACCACAUCAACCCACACAUUACCCACAAUGCCCUGACUCCAAUGAAUCAACGUUUUUUGGCUUUAGAACAGCGUCAAACAAAGCCAUUGAAAAUACAGAGGCGAUGGAGAAGAGGGGAGCCAUGUUUCUGGCCCAGUCUAAUGCUACAGACCAACAAGAUCAAUUAAACGACGCAGAGUUCGUUUUCAGUGAAUGGCAGCCAAGCGAUCUUCCUGAUGUUCCAUCCCAGUCUAAUGACAUAAACUUAGCUCCAAAUAAUAAGAGGAAUUCAAUAAGCGUUGAAAAAAAUAAUACUGUGGAUACGAAAGCCGCACCUGACAGCGAGUUUUUUGGCUUUCGCACAGCCUCAAAUAAAGGAAUUGUGAUAUCUGAAAGUACGAAAAUCAAAGCUGCCCAGUUUAUGAGUGAAUUUAAAGCCGUUGGCCCUAGCACUGACUCAAACAAACCAAUUGUGAUCCCUGAGGAAUCGAAAUAUAGUCCUGCCCAGUUGAUGGGUGAAGAGGCGGCAGAAGACAGUCCGAACAAACCACCUUUUUGCGAUGUACAAACCAAAGAAACUACCUCAGCUAAUGAGCACUUCCAUCACCUCUCCGUUGACCGUUGUGCAAAGGAAGAGCAUCCGAGGACGCCCAAGAGGUCGCAGGAGAUCCACUCCUCCCUGUCGCAACUAGCAGGCCUAUCACCACUGGAUCAGGCCACCAAGAAGUCCGUAAUAGAGCGCCGGAAUAUCCUGUCACUGAAAAGAAAGCGAAAGAUCACUUCGUCAACUGAAACUUCUGCCACCUGCGCCUCGCCCGCUGAGGAGCGAUUCGCUCCAACGCCCGCUGCGGCCAGUACUCCGCUGGCUGCCAGGGAUUUAAAUCUCUCCAAGGAAUGUACAAAGGAUAGACAGCAUCCGGAGGACAUGUCCCCUAUUUGCAUGCAACCCAGAAGGAGUCGAAGACUUGGUUUGAGUAGAAGUCGCUAUUAGUGUACAUUAAGUGAGCAUUGCUUUAUACCCAAAAGAUUUAAGCCGCUGGUCGACUUAAAUGGGUAGAUAUUUAGUUGAAAUAAUCUAUGAAUGAGUCACA